AUGGGCUACGGAGUCUCUCCCGAGGACCUCCCGGUGCCCGGCCGGGACACGUUCUUCUGGCUGGGCGAGAUCAACAAGGCCAGCGCCGUCAUCAACUCGGACGAAGGGCUUUUGGACCGAGCUGCGGCUAUUCGAAUAGCCAGCGGCCUCCAAAAGUUACUGGACUCCGCCAACGAACCAAACGCCCCCCGUCCGAGUCUCGUCAUCACCUUUGAGCCUCUGCUCAUCCAAGCAGCCGGGGUCGAAGCCACUCUCCUUCACGCUGGGCGGUCCAGUCAGGACAUGCUCACCACCGUUUCGACCAUGGUUCUCCGCGAUGCAGUGCUGAAACUUGCCUCGCAACUUCAUGACACAACUAGGCGUCUGGUCGACAUGGCCGAGACUCACGCUACAACCCUCGUGCCGAACUACACCAACGGAGUCGCGGCCCAGCCCAACUCGUAUGGCCACUACCUACUAGGUCACGUUGCGGGGCUUCAUCGGGAUGCGGAGAGACUGAGGCAGUGCUACACGCGACUGGACCGUUGUGCCAUGGGCACCACCGUGCUCAACGGCACGAGUUGGCCGCUGAACCGCGAGCGCAUGGCCCAGUAUCUCGGUUUCGCAAAGGUCGUCGACAACGCCUACGACGCGGCGCAGAUCAGCGCCGCCGAGAUGCCGGUCGAGCUCGGGGCGAUCGCGUCCCAGGUCGCGCUCCACGCCGGCGCGUACAUCCAGGACGUCAUGGCGCAGUACUCCCAGCCGAAGCCGUGGAUCCUCCUCCGCGAGGGCGGCUACAACACGUACGUCUCAAGCGCCAUGCCGCAGAAGAGAAACCCCGGUCUGCUGAACAACACGCGGGCGGAGGCGUCCAGGGUCGUAACCCUCGGCGUCGGCCGGGCUAUCCAGGGGCACAACUUACCCCCGGGCAUGGUCGAUGCGAAGGGUCUGGCGGACAACCUUGCCGUGCUCAACGGCGCAACGCGGGUUCUGCGUGACUGGCAACGCAUUCUUGACGCGCUCGUCAUCGACGGCAAACGGUCGCUGAAAGAGCUGGAUCUCGACUGGACUGCCUCUCAGGAGUUGGCGGAUGUCCUGAUGCGGGAGCACAACGUGCCGUUUCGGGUUGGACACCACUUUGCGUCUGAGGUUGUCAGAUACGCGAAAGCCGAGGACCUAUGCCCGAGCGAGUUCCCCUUUGCGGAGGCGUCCAGGAUAUUUGCCGACACGCUGAAGCACACGAACCUCGAGAACGGCGGGUUCCGGUUCCUGAGUGAGGACGAGUUUCGAGAGGCGCUGGAUCCUGCUGGGAUCGUCAACCGAAGAGCUACCUCCGGAGGCCCGCAGCCCAAGGAGAUGGAACGUAUGAUAGGCGGCUCGAAGAAGAUCUUGGAGGAUCUCGAAGUCUGGAUCCAGGAGCGACGGGCACACAUUGAGGACUCGUUGCACGGAUUAGACGUGGCGUUCAAAUUGCUGCUUGAAGUCUGA